UGUUGUGAAGUACUUUCCCUUCCUGUACAUUCAGUCCUCUACAUUCAAUUCAAUCAUUCCUAUGCCUCUGCACCAGACGCUACAGGUAAGCGUGAGAGAAAGGCACAAAGAGAGAGACACACACACAGGGAGAGGAGAGACUGACUGAAGCAAUGUGCUGGACUUGGACUUGAGUUCCCAUCAACACUUCUGAAGCGGACAGCUGGGAAAAUAAGAACCUGCCUUGGAGGUUGUCAACUCUGACUAGAGAGAAGUAAGUCCAUGACCCUGAACUACUACAGCGAUGGACAAGAAAAGUGAAAAUGGCUACCCUAGAUCCGGAGGAGAGAGUGGAGGUGGGGGUCAGAGGAAGCAGCUGCCCUACUCCGUAGAGACCCCCUACGGCUUCCACCUGGACCUUGAUUUCCUCAAGUAUGUGGACGAUAUCGAGAAAGGCAACACCAUCAAGAGGGUGCACAUCCAGCGCAAGGCCAGAGGCCCUCCUAAGUUCAGCACCCUGCCCAGGAACUUCAGCCUGCUAGGGCAUGGAGCCAGGCCGGCCCCUAAGGACACCUGGUCCUCCACCCUAGGGCCCAAGCCCCGGGGCAGAAUUACUGAUGUCCAGCAGAUCUUGGAUUUUAGACCCAGUGACGGUGGCACAUCUGGUAUUCUUAGCCAGAACACUAGGGUGCAAGGGAGUAGCUUUGCCUCUGCCAGGCCCAGGGAGGAGGCAGGUGCUGGGCCUUGGGUGUUAGGCGAACAGCCCCUGGGGAGGCCCAACCUCCUUCGGACGUCCAGCAUGCCAGUCACCAUCCCGCACAGGAAGGCCUCUGAGUCCGGGGACGAAAGAACGGAGAACGUCUCAUCUGAGAACGUGGUCCGCGCUGUUCCCCAGGACCGGUCAGGGCUGCACCAGCAGAUCACCGCAGCCCUGAAGAGGGUCAGAGAGCUGGAGGACAUGGUGAGGACCAUCCCAGAGCUCAAGUCCCAGAUCUGCUCACUGAGGGGUGAGAGAGAGCAGCUAAUCCUCAGGCUGCAGGUCCAAACCAAGCCACAGCCUCCAGCCCACCCACAAAGUGCCUCGCCCUCCCCAGCCCCAAGCACUGAUCCCGCGCCAGCCUCUCAGCCGCCGGGGGCUGAAGCAGCAGUGGAUCCCGGCAGAGCAGAGAGCACCGUGUCAGAGGCAGAAACGCAACAGGAAUCCUUAAAGAGUAGCGCGCAAGAAGAAGAACCAGAUAGGCUUUUAGCAGCACAGGAACCAGAGAGACAAGCACAGACAGCAGAGGGACCAGAUAGACUAACAGCAUUUCUGAAUCCAUUAGUGCGCGCAGAGGAAAGGCAAACAGAGCAACCAGAGAACGUUGCAACACCGAAAGCACCAGAACCUUUAGACAGCAGAGUGUUUGUGCAAGUCAGUGUCUGUGGUGAGGAGCACCAUCUCAGUGUCGAACAGCUCCAGGCUAAGCUAGUAGCGCUAGAGGCUAAGCUAAGUCAGGCUAGCGAAGACCUGGAGAGAACGAACAGUCUCCUGAAACAACAGGUAGAGGAGAACAUGAUGAAGGAGGAGAGGAUACUGCAGCUGAGCGUGGGAGGAACAGGAGGCGCGGAGGAGGUGUCCAGGCAGAGACAGACAAGUAGGAGGACCAGUGUGGACCAGCAGACCGAGACGGAGAGAGUGGGAAGUGCAAGUCAGGAGACAGAGACAGAGAGGGCGGAUAUGGUGGAGCAGGGCACGGAUACAGAAAGGAUAGUCAUCUGUUUAACCGGAGAGGGGGCUGGUGGUGUGGAACAGGGGACGGAGACGGAGCGGUUUGACACUCAAGACCAGGUGACAGAGACAGAGAUGGUCAUUGUAUGUCCAGUCAGACCGCGGGCUAAUAGUGUGGAUCGGGGAACAGAGACAGAGAGAGUGGACACAGUGGACCAGGUGACAGAGACACUGCCCGGAGACAGCUUAGACCAGGUGACAGAGACAGAGACGCAGACAGUCGUCAGUGUAGAUCAGUCGACAGAGACAGCACCUGUACGUCCAGUGAGACCAGCGAGACAUAGGGCUAACAGUGUGGACCGGGGAACAGAGACACAGACAGUGGAUACUGUGAACCAGGUGACAGUGACAGAGACACAGACAGGAGUCCGUGUAGACCAGGUGACAGAGACACAAACACAGACAGCACCUGUACGUCCAGUGAGACCAGCGAGACAAAGGGCUAACAGUGUGGACAGGGGGACAGAGACAGAAAGAGUGGGUACAGUUGACCAGGUGACAGAGACAGUGGUAGCACAGAGUACAUAUCAGCAGACAGAGACAGAGGGAGACAGAGUUGAGACGACCAAUAACCACCAUAGGGAAAUAGAGAUUGAGAGUGCGGCCAUAGUAAGUGCGGCCAUAGAAAGUGCGGUCACAGAAAUUGUGGAAGCAGAACGUGUAGUCUCACGCAGUGUGGUUAAAGAGGGUGAGAUCGCUGAGAGUGCAGUACGUUUUGUGGUUAUAGAAAGUGUGGGCAAAGAGAAUGGGGUCACAGCGAAUGUGGUCCCAGGGAAUGUGGUCACAGAGAAUGUAGUCACGGGAAGUAUGGUGAAGAGACAAGUAGUGGUAGUAGAGGAGACUGUCGUUGAACAAAUUACAUUGACUGAAAGUGUUGUUACACAGAGUAUGACCACAGAGAGUACAGUCGUAGAGAGUGCAGCCACAGAGAACUUGGCAACUGAGAGUGAGGUUGUAAAAAACACAGUUACAGAGAUUACGGUCACAGGAAGUGAGGUCAUAGAAUCUCCAGCCCCAGAGAGCCCAGAAGUAGCACCCACUCCCUCUUCCAGCCAGACCCAGAUGGGUCAGAAGGAGUCGGAGCAGGCCCAGCCCCAGUCACAGGACUCUCGUCGAGGGUCCAACCCAGCGUUGGCCCAGGCCCCUCGCCAGGGGUCUAACCCAGCCCUGGGCCAGGUGGUAACGCGCCUCACAGGGCUGAUCAAUGAGCAGUGGGCCCAGCUAGGUAGCAGCCAGGACAAGCCAGACAAGCAGGAGACCACCAGCCCGAGUGCCCAGAAGCCUGCAGAAGGGCAGGGUACGCCCGCUGCAGGGAAGCCUUUAGCGGGGAAGGCAACGGGGAAGUCAGGUCUGUCUAAGAUGAGCUCCAUCCAGAGCCAGCUGGUCAGCUCCCUCAGUGCCCUGUCUGCCUUCUACUCCCCUGGACAGAAGGCAGCUGCCAGCAAACAACAAGGUCUGAAAUCCAUCAUGAAGAAGAACGAUGCUGCUGACAAACAGGGGAACAGAGGAGGAGCCAAGAAGAACCUAAAGUUUGUGGGAGUCAACGGAGGGUAUGAGACUACCUCAAGUGAGGAGGAAUCCAGUGAGGAGGAGAAGGGGGAGGUAGAGGAGGAGGAGGUGGACAGCUCUGAGCCUGAGGAGGAGCGGGAGAAGGAGGAGGGAGCUGGAGCAGCUCAGGGCCAGGGGGAGGCCACAGCUACAGAGGACGAGGCCCAGGGAGCAGGGGCCCAGGCUGGGGAGACAGAGGGCCAUGAAGACUCUCAGGACCCAGAGAACAGCCAGGCACUCCUGGAGGAGCAGCCAGCUGCAGCAUCAGGGGAGACGAUCGAUAAGGGCUUCAUGGAAGCGUGUGACUACAUUGAGGGUCGUAUGGCAGAGGUGGUGGCCCCCGAUAAAGAAAUGAGACAUGUCCUGAUGGUGUUGUACCAGGAGUGGUUCCGUGUGUCCAGUCAGAAGGACUCUCUGGCUGACACCGUCACCCUCUACCUGAGAGAGGUGGGCAUCGCCACGCCGACCCUCCUGCGUUACAUCGUGAACCUGGCCGACGGCAACGGCAACACAGCGCUCCACUACAGCGUGUCCCACUCCAACUUCCCUGUGGUCAAACUGCUGCUGGACACCGGUCUGUGUGAGGUGGACAUCCUGAACAAGGCGGGCUACACAGCCGUGAUGCUGGCCUCCCUAACAGCUGCUGAUGGAUCAGAGGACAUGGAGGUGGCUCUGCAGCUACUGAGACAGGGAGAUGUCAAUGCCCGCGCUAGCCAGGCAGGGCAGACGGCUCUGAUGCUAUCGGUCAGCCAUGGUCGUACAGCCAUGGUGCGGUUGCUGCUGAGCUGCCAAGCUGACCUCAACAUUCAGGACAAAGACGGUUCGACCGCACUCAUGUGCGCGUGUGAGCACGGUCACACCGAGAUCGCUCGGGUGCUACUGGAGUCUGGCCACUGUGACACCAGCCUCACAGACAAGGAUGGUCAGAGGGCUCUGUCGGUGGCGGUAGCGUCCUCCCACGCUGAGAUAGUUGACCUACUCAAGAGCCACUCAGAUUCCACCACCACCCAGGCCUCCAACCCCUCUACCACCACCUCUGCCACCAUCAUCACCACCACCACAGCCUCUCUCCUCUGAGCCCCCUCCAGUAGCCCCUCUCUAACCCCUACCCUACCCAGCCCCGGACCCACCCCCACCCUGGACCCACUAUACCCCGAACCCCUUUCCCUGGACCAGAGGAGGCUGGUGGGAGGAGCUAUAGGAGGACGGGCCCAUUGUAAUGGCUGGAGUGGAAUAAAUGGAACGGUGUCAAACUGAUCAAUCAUAUAGAAACCACAUGUUUGACUCCAUUCCAUUCAUUCAAAUGCAGCCAUUACAAUGAGCCCGUCCUCCUAUAGCUCCUCCCACCAGCCUCCACUGUCAUGGACCAUACUCUUUUCCAGACUGUCUGGAGGACAGACAAAGGCUGUAUUCACCACCACUGCCUAUAUCUCCCCACCGACCAGAGCUCAGCUCACAGAUAGGCCUAUUGGACCGGAGCCCCACCGACCAGAGCUCAGCUCACAGAUAGGCCUAUUGGACCGGAGCCCCACGGACCAGAGCUCAGCUCACAGAUAGGCCUAUUGGACCGGAGCCCCAUUUAGGGAGUGGGAAUAAUGUGUCAACUGUUUGGCAGCCAGCCAAUGUGACGCUCAAAAACCCAGUAGCAGUGGCGACAGUGGUGAUUGACAGGUGAUCCAGGAAGAGGGCAGAAGGACAACAGAAGGAUGAUGGUUUGCUGCUUUAUAAUAUAAAACAAGCUAUUCAGGCCAAAAUCAUCUUAAACACAUGAUCUACCUUAACAAUCGGUCAUUUUAUUAUUAACACUAUGUUUUUCCUUUUUAUACCUGUAUCUAAGUUUCCAUCCAAACGGCAACAGAAUAUUUUAAAAUCUGCAUAAUGAAAAUAUGCACAUUUUCCCUCCGGCGGUGUGUUUCAAGCAAACUGACUUGUUGCAGGAACAUUUUAAAACGUUUGAACAUUUUAAUUUUCGCAUAAAUUCCAUCGUUUUUUGUUGUUGUGUGUUUUAAAAGAAUAUAUGUUUAACCUUUAUUUAACUAGGCAAGUCAGUUAAGAACAAAUUCUUAUUAACAAUGACAGCCUACCCCCAGCCAAACCUGGGACAAUUGUGCACCACCGAAUCACAACCAGAUGUGAUACAGCCUGGAUUUGAACCAGGGACUGUAGUGACUUCUCUUGCACAGAGAUGCAGUGCCUUAGACCGCUGCGCCAGUUGGGAGCCAAAAGUUCAAUCAAUCAAUUAAGCAAUCAAUCAAAUGUAUUUAUAAAUACCUUUCUCCAUCAGAUGUCACAAAGUGUUAUACAGAAACCCAGCCUAAAACCCCAAACAGGAUGCGAUGCAGAUGCAUAAGGGAAAAACUCCCUAGAAAGACCGGAACCUAGAAGAAAAUAUAGAGUACCAGUCCCUGAAGGCUGGCCAGUCUUCUUCUGGCUGUGCCAGUUGGAGAUUAUAAGAGUACAUGGCCAUUAAAGCCAGAUUGUUCUUCAAGAUGUUCAAACGUUCAUUGACCUAAAUCAAUGUGUUUUCAUCGCAUUUUACACUAGUUUUGACACAAAAACUGUUGCCGUUAAAUAUCAAAUAUACCUACUCUGGUUUUGCCAACAGCUCGCAGAUACACUGCGGGUAGGCUAAUCUACACAGUGAGAAUAUUAUGGAUAAGAAUAUUUGCAUUUGUCAAAUGGCAGUCAAGCAUCGAUCAUCAUGACACCAGAAUAAGACCCUCGAUAUUUAUUCGAACAGAACAUCAAGUUCACAGCGCGCACUUUCAACAGAACAUCAAGUUCACAGCGCGCACUUUCAACAGAACAUCAAGUUCACAGCGCGCACUUUCAACACCCUGUGAAGUUCAUCAUAAUUGACUUAAUAUGUAGCCUAAUAAACUGUACGGUUCCCCGAGUUAUAUCACUAUUUGCGCAUAAAGGUGUUUCCAGCGGCAUUUCACGCAAAAUAAAUUUUACCGACACAAAAAUAUCCCAACAUGUCUAACGAACAAAUUCUCUGUUGGCAUUCAUAAAAGUGUUACGAAAUGUCCUGUUUGCAUCACAGCUGUUGUGAUUUUUUUUUAUAAGGUCUGACUUUACUCACAUGAAAACUGGAUGGAAACGUGUUUAUUAAUGACAUCACUAUUCUUUUAUAUUUGGACAUGAGCCAUUUAUUUAACUCAUAAAGUUGUUGUGUUAUUAUAGCGUUUUAUAAAAUACACACAGUAUAUUUAUUUUGCAAUGGAAUUUGUUUUACUCUGUUUGACACACGCUGUACAUACCCAAGCUUGGUUUUCGUCAGUACGGCCUGACGACUGACUCACUCAGACGUCUUCCAAUAUGAAGGUUGUACAGUAGGAUGCAGCACGCAGCAAUAUAACAACCCUCGCAGAAGCUACACAGGCUACUACACUGCAGUAUGUUGCAGCAACUGUAUACUCGACUGAACAAUUUACUUUCCCGCUCUAUCUCUCUCUCUUUGUCGCUCACACACCUCACGCACACACACACUCUCGCUCACUCCACUGUAAUGCAUCCCUUCCUCUGUCUGCCUGCUUUUAGACUACAAAUUAAAUGAUGUAUGCACACAAAUUGCUACAAAAUGCACAAAGGAUGUCAGGCAAUUUUACAUUCCAGAUACAGUGUCAUUCAUACUAUGGUACAACAUCACACCACCGAGCACAUGAAGCCUUGCAGUAGACUAUUAUCCAUCACUGGCCAUAAUGUAAUUGUGGUUGUAACAUUUUCUGUAACGUUUCAGUCAGUAAAUGUUACAACCCCUUGUCCCGUACGGACACACACAGGCUGCUUUCACUGCUAGAAAAGUGGAACGGUUGUUUUUUUAGGUUGAUUGCGCCUCUCUCUUCCACACCCACCUCUUCUCUGUAUUGAACGACGGCUUAGUGUAGGACACUGGUGUGAAGUAAUGGCAUGAUGAGAAUAUCCUAGCUUGCCUAUCAGAAAAUGAAGAGGUGUGUGGCGCAAUGUGAUUUUUCAUACCCGGUCUUUUAAGAACCCAAUCCUAAAGGAAAAGGGACUGUACUCACAAGGUGGAGUGGUGCUGUCUUUCUCGCCUGUUCAUCAGAAACCAGGCUUAGGAGCUGAAGACUGACCUCUACUGGUUCAAGAAGUAUAUGGCUAAAUACCUGAAGAUACAGUAUUGUGAAAAAUAUAUCUGGUAUUGUCUGACAUUUGCUAUGUUUAGUAUUUAUUCAAAAUGCUAUAUUUUUACAAUAUACAGUAUAUGCAUGGGCCAAUAGUCCAAUGAACAUGUUGGAAUUUAAUAUGUGAAUGUAUUGGUUCUUCUGGAUGGUAUAUAUAAGCUGAUUGGUCUACUCUAAAAAGCAAUGUGACUGUUAAUUGGUUGGGUGGUUCAUGCUCGUCUCUUAUUGGACAAGGCUGUGUACUGUACUGUGUCAAUAGGACUGACUGUUGUAAUACUUUAUCACAAUCAGAUGUAAACAGCUGUACCUGCCUGUAAUAUUCCUACUAUCAAAUUGGCCUGAAUGUUAACCAUUUGCAAAUCAGAGAAUUGCUUCUAAAUAAAAAUGAAACUAUUGGGUAGAAGUA